CUAUGCAGGUGGACACACGAGUUUAGUUUAGUUACAGUACUAACUGUGUUUAGGUUAGAUGUUCUGAUUUUCGAGACACAUAUUUAGCCUAACUGACAGUAUAGGAGUCAUUUACAUAACUGUUCAAUCACAUUUGGAUCUUAUUUUCCCCUUGAGGACAUCAUACAUAAAGGUCUGUCAUAAUGGCUCUGGCGUCUCCAUACGGUGUUCUGUCCGAUGAGGAAGAGUGUGGAGCUGUGUUUGAGUCCACAGCUGCUGAUAUCGGAGCUCUCAUGAGAUGUCCACGGUUUGUGUCUCCUCUGCCAGAGAUCUCCGUCAUAACCCCUGCUGCAGAUUCUCAAACACCCACUAAAGAGCCUGUCCAGAUCGAGAGUGAUGUCAGCAGAAGAGGCAGCGCUGAUGAUGGAUCAGAGAAGCUGAAGGUUUUCGUACGGAUCCGUCCUCUAACCGAGGCAGAGAGGGAGCGGGGAGAUGAGCAGGGUUGUGUAAAUGUGCAAUCUGAAGACAGUCUGCUUCUCAGAGCGCCAAAAGGCUCCCGCAACAUGAAGAGUGCCGAGAGAGGCGUCUCUCAAAGCCUGCACAAGUUUACCUUUACCAAGAUUUUUGGACCACAAACCAAUCAGCAGGAGGUUUAUGAUCACACCAUAAGGGAGAUGGUACGAGAUGUUCUGCGUGGAGAAAACCGCCUCCUCUAUACUUAUGGUGUGACCAACUCGGGCAAAACCUACACCAUACAGGGGGCAGGUGGAGAGGCGGGUCUGCUGCCACGGGCGUUAGUGUCUGUAUUCCUGAAGCUGUCUGGGCGACUGUACUCCGCCAUGGACCUCAAGCCCGUACUGAGCAUGGAGGUCCGUAAGCUGGACUCUGGUGAGGUCCGUGCUGAGGAAAUGCGUCGUGAUGCUUUGCUGAAAGAGGAGGAAAGCACAGGUGGACAUCAGUCUAGGCUGCGUGCAGGUUUGUCCUGGGACAGUGGCGUCGGUGGACUCUCAGCAACCAGUCACAUAGCAACACAGCUGGAGGAUUCAGAUGGCAUUUUUUUGGAGACAAAUGGCCUGGGUCUCAGUGGUGGGGAGGACCUUGAGGAGGGAGUGCAUUUCUCAGUGUGGGUCUCAUUUUAUGAGAUCUACAACGAAUUUCUUUAUGAUCUCCUGGACACUCUGCCUUCACUUCAGUCCCACAAGAGAGCCACGCUACGCCUCAGCGAUGACAAACAUGGAAACCCAUACGUAAAGGAUCUGACCUGGGUUCAAGUACAAAGUGCAGAAGAGGCCUGGAAAGUGCUUAAAGUUGGACAACGCAACCAAAGUUUUGCCACUACUCACCUAAACCACAACUCCAGCCGCAGCCACAGUAUCUUUACCAUCCGUGUUCUACAUGUCAAGCCACAAGCAGAGUUGGGACAGGUGACCAGAAUCAGCGAGCUCUCUGUGUGUGAUUUGGCGGGGUCCGAGCGCUGUAAAGUCCAGCAGAAUGGCGAGAGAAUGAAAGAGGCUAACAACAUCAACACCUCUUUGCUGACACUGGGACGCUGCAUCAGUGCUCUGAGGCACAAUCAAACCAACAAGUCUCGUCCUCCGCUGGUCGUUCCUUUCAGAGACAGCAAGCUAACCAGGGUCCUCCAGAGUUUCUUCUGUGGUCACGGGCGCUCUUGCAUGGUGGUCAACAUCAACCCCUGCGCCUCCACCUACGAUGAAACGCUCCAAGCGCUCAAAUUCUCUGCCAUUGCCACACAGCUGGUACAUGGGCCGUGCAGCAAGACUCGUGUGGCGUACAUCCUGUCCCUGCUUCGCGAGCAGCCAGCUCAUCACAACGAUACCACUUUACUGGAGGAGGAUGAGGACAGUGAUGAGGAAGGAGACAUCACCAUGUUUGAUCCUGAUGCGCUCCUAAAGGCCAUCGAUGUUCUGAAGCGCGAGGUGCUGCGUCAACGGCAGGAGAAAGAGGAACUCGAGGCCAAGGUUCGAGAGGAGGUCUGCACUGAGAUGAUGGAGGUCAUCAACCGCAUGCAGGAUGACUUCAGCGAGACACUGGAGGGCGAGAGGGAUCUGAUGGAGAAGAGAUGUGAGAACAAAAUUAACAACCUGAAGAGCAGCCUGAAGAACUAUUACAGCCAAGAGCUAGAGGAGCGAGAUGAUGAGAUCAGAGAGCUUACUGCUGCUCUUAAGGAAAGGGAAGAGGGCAAUACUGUCCCAGCUCCUGUAUUCUCACCUCUGAGUGAUGUCAACGGUCCCCGGCGCUCACGGCGCCUGGCUUCAACACACAAACAAGAAUCGGAUCAUGAGAGCGUGGAGCUCAUGCAGUGUAAAGCCGAGCUGGAGCAGUGCAAAGCUGAGCUGGACCUGAAACAAACGGAACUGCGCCUGAAAACACUUGAACUGAAGCGUUUCCAGGAGAACCUCCCACUGACGGCCGCCACAGGCUCCCUGACAACUACAGCUGAGCGGAAACUGGAGGAGGGCCAGAGGAACCUGAAGCAGCUGCGGAUGGAGCUUCAGAUGUUGGGUGUUAAGCUGCAGUCGGGGGAAAGAGCGUGCUGCCGUAACACAGAUGGAGAGAAACUCCGUCACGCUCUCUCCUCAGCAGACAGCAAACUCGCCAAACAGGAUCAAAUGCUGGUGGAGCUGCACACCAGCCUGCAGCUGGUCAAAGCAGACCUGCGUAAGAAAGACGAGGUGCUCGGUCAGUAUCAGAGCGCUCAGCCGCCUCCGGCCCCCACGGCACCCGGAUCCUGCAAGAAGAGGGGCUGCGGGGUAGCGGUGGCUUAUGUGGAAAACCAGCCUCCUGAAAAACGGCCCUUCUUCCGCUCACUGUUCCCCUCCCGCACGCCCUCUAAGACCCCCUCGCGACAGGCCCGGCAGAGACCCGAAGUCAACACGCCCUACACCCGCGUGUUGCGCUCACGCCAGCCCUCUCCUCCGUCCACUCCCAUCCAGCUCAGAGUCAAGUAUUAAGAGCUGGACACUGCAAGAUUUUAAAGCGGCUUGGUUUUCAGUCUUUUGUUUUUAGACGAGUCUUUUAAUCUAAUCAGGUGGCCUUGUUGACGCAUAAAUGGGCCUU